AUGAGGGACAUCACAGAGGCUAUCACGGACUUCACAGAAGGAAUAUUUCCCGUGAUAGUUUUCGACAUCAAGGCCAGUGAUGGAUCCGUGCGAUCAAUAUUGGACAAGCCCACAAAAAAACCAAAAAACGAUUCCCCCAACCAAAGAAGAGAGGGGACAGCAAAGAAGAGGAAGAAAAAGACUUACACCAAACCCAAGAAGAUUAGGCACAAGAAGAAGAAGGUGAAGCUCCCUAUUCGACCCUUUUAUAAGGUCGAUGACUCUGGAAAGGUUCAAAAGAUCAGAAAGGAGUGCUCUAACCAAGAGUGCGGAGCUGGGACAUUCAUGGCGAAUCACGUUAAUAGGCACUACUAUGGGAAGUGCGGAAAAUGUGGCCUCACCUAAGUCUAUCAGAAAGCUGGUGCAGAGUUUGACAUGGAAAUCUCCUGUCUUCUAUCCAGAGGCUUCAUGAAGCAGGUGGUCGAAAGUUUACUGUAG